UGCGUGCGUGCAUGUGUGUGUGUUUGUGUGUGUGUUUGUGUAUUGUGAAUGGAGAUCAGAAGAGAAAUACACCAGUCCACCCUGACCCCACCCACUGUCAAAGCCGCAUCAUACCUCCCUACCCCCCACAGAUCCAGAUGUCCUCUCCAUGAGUGCCUACAUGCCCCCCACCCCAUAUGCCGCUUUCACCGCUGUGUUUUUCUCUCUACUCCCCUGGAUUAAAAUCCUCAUUAAGAAUCCCCCCUCCCCUUUGCUUCCUCCUCUCUGCCGGCGAGCCGCUGCGCUCCCAUUGGCUGGCCACCUCAAGACCUCUGCUUGUUGUAGGGAAAUGCAGCGACGAGGUUGGUCCAGUGUCGUCGGGGGCAACCAUUCAGCAAAGCCCUGUUUGAGCGGCUAGCUAGGGAUAAAAAUAAAAAAGAAAGCAGGUUUACAGAGGAAAGGAGAGCCUGGAGAAAGGAAGAAGAAUAUUGUUUCAGGACAAAAACGAAGGAAAAAGGAACAGGGAUACAAUAGGAUUACCAUUGUGGUGGCAAGUAAGCUGUCAAAGCAGGACUGCUUUUACUACCACAAAAAAGGAAGAAAAUAGGGCUUGUGUUGUGAGCUGGUGUUAAGCUGCAUGUCCAGUGGAGCCGCACAGCUGUUCUGGAGAUGCUGUCACGAGGAGGAGGGAGUCUGCCAGAGAAGGAGUGAAACGGCGGCCAGCACAGAGAUGUCGAGAAGGGGGCACAAGCUCGUCGGAAAAGGAAAUACUGUACUGUACUGUUGCCUGGACUGAGUGAAGGUGAAUCAGAGUGAGAAAUGCUGUGGGCAUAGAGAGCAGAGCAGCAGAGAGAGAGAGAGAGCGAGAGCGAGUGAGGGAAGGAGAGAGAGAGAGAGAGAGAGGGCGCUGCAGUGUUACAAGGACAGCAUGCAUCAGCAUUGAUCCAGCAGACGCGGGCGGCUCUGCUGAGUGUGUUUGCAGCUGUGAGAGACGCACUGUGUACAGUAGACGUGCAGACAAAGUCAAGCUACACCAGAAGAAGGACGCAAGGCAAGGGAAGGCAGCGAUGACGAUCCAUUGAAUGUGGAAGGCCUGCGAGUGAGCUCCAGGGUUCUCUCCUCCUUGACCAGUCCACCCCCCUGAUCACAGCGUCCAGUGAGGCCUGCACAGAUGAACUGGAACAUGGGCGACACGGCCGAGUACCAGCGGCUCCCCAGCGACGAGGACGAGGUAGAGAAGUUGGGGAGUAGUAUGCAGUGUGAAGAGGGCACAGAAUGGCUGCUGGAGCUGCUGAUGGAGGUCCAGCUGCAGCAGUACUUCCUGCGAAUCCGAGACGAUCUCAACGUCACGCGGCUCUCACACUUCGACUACGUCAAGAAUGAGGACUUGGAGAAGAUUGGCAUGGGCCGGCCUGGCCAGAGGCGACUGUGGGAGGCUGUCAAGCGCAGGAAAACACUCUGCAAGCGCAAAUCCUGGAUGAGCAAGGUGUUCAGUGGGAAGAGGCUGGACGGAGGAGACUUCCAGCCGCAGCCGGCCACCACCUUCAGGAAGCUGUCCCCCACCGCACCCCCCCUGGACGGCCAGCAGCAGCAGGCCCUCACCUGCCUCAUCAGCGAGAAGGACCUGGGCCUCUUCGAGAAGCUGGGAGACGGCUCCUUUGGCGUGGUCAAGCGCGGGGAGUGGCUCACCCCAUCCGGGGCGGUGAUCAAUGUGGCGGUGAAGUGUUUGAAGACGGACGUGCUGAACCAGCCGGACGCGCUCGAUGACUUCACCCGAGAGGUCAACGCCAUGCACUCUCUGGACCACCAGAACCUCAUCCGGCUCUACGGCGUCGUCCUCACGCACCCCAUGAAAAUGGUGACGGAGCUGGCCCCCCUGGGCUCCCUCCUGGACCGACUCAGGAAGAACCAGGGCUACUUCCUCAUCUGCACGCUGUGCCAGUACGCCAUCCAGAUCGCCAACGGCAUGGCCUACCUGGAGUCCAAGCGCUUCAUCCACCGCGACCUGGCCGCGCGCAACAUCCUGCUGGCCUCCGGCGAGCUCGUCAAGAUCGGGGACUUUGGGCUGAUGCGCGCGCUGCCGCAGAACGACGACCAUUAUGUGAUGCAGGAGCACCGCAAGGUGCCAUUCGCAUGGUGUGCACCUGAGAGUUUGAAGACGCGGACCUUCUCUCACGCCACAGACACCUGGAUGUUCGGAGUGACGCUAUGGGAGAUGUUUACCUACGGACAGGAGCCCUGGCUCGGUCUCAAUGGCAGCCAGAUUCUCCAUAAGAUUGAUAAGGAGAGCGAGAGGUUACCAAAGCCAGAGGACUGCCCUCAGGACAUCUAUAAUGUGAUGCUGCAGUGCUGGGCACAGAAGCCUGAUGAUCGGCCCACUUUCGUAGCCCUGCGCGAAUUUCUGGUGGAGACAAUGCCAACGGAUAUGAGAGCUCUACAAGACUUUGAUGAGCCAGACAAGCUGCUGAUCCUCACGGAUGAUGUCAUCACCAUCAUAGAGGGCAGAGCGGAGAACUACUGGUGGCGGGGUCAGAACAAGCGCACGCUGAAGGUCGGUCAGUUCCCCCGGAACACCGUGACCUCGGUGGCCGGCCUCUCAGCCCAUGACAUCAGCCGGCCCCUGAAGAACAGCUUCAUCCACACGGGCCACGGAGACACCAACCCGCAGCGCUGCUGGGGGGCACCCGACAAGAUUGACGAUCUGUAUUUAAGUAACCCAAUGGACCCUCCGGAUGUGCUUGGCCUGGACUUGAAUGCAGCUAGACCCACUCAGCUGCCAGGAAGAGCUAGAAAGCCUUGCUAUGACGCUGUCGCCAACGAUGAAGAUGUUACCACGUCUGCCCUUCGAAAGCUGUCGCUCAAAAAGGCAAGCAUGAAGGGACUCAAACUCAAACCCGCUGCCUGGGUCUCGGCCACCACCAAGCUGGGGGAUCGCUCGCCCUACGGGGGGGCCCGGACGCCCGGCGGGGGCGGCGGCAUCAUCAGCGAGGUGUCCCUCAUUGACUUUGGGGAUGAGGAGUCGCCCCCACCUCCCACUCCCACCCCCACCCCCUCGCCGUCCCCCAUUGUAGAGGCCCAGAUCGCCGCCCUGGCCAAGCUGGCCAUGGAGGCUGAGUCUCUACUGGACCGAACGCCGCCCCAGAGCCCGUCUGGAGGCUCGCUCCCCCGCCCGCUACACCCCACCCCGGUGGUGGACUGGGAUGCCCGGCCGCUGCCCCCGCCCCCGGCCUACGACGACGUGCCUCAGGACGAGGACGAGGACGACAUCGAGGUCAGCUCCAUCAACAGCUUCGACCACGAGCAAGGUCAAGGUCAAGGACAAGGUCAUGGGUACGGGGUACACGGGUACAGUCGGAGUGCCAGUUGUUGUCACACUCCCAGCUCCCCAACUGGGGACGCACUGCUGGACCAGCAGCGGGGGGGUCUGCUUGAGGACAACCUGUUCCUGCCCAGCCGGCAUGGCCACGGCCAGGGCUCCAACUUCUCCCAGUCGGCCGAGAUCUUCCAGGAGCUGCAGCAGGAGUGCAUGAAGCGGCUGAACGUGCCCCGAGGGGGCGUAGGUCCAUCGCCGUCCAGCCCCUGCCUGGAACUCCACCGCCAGAUCGUCCUGUCUGCUGCCGACUCCGACUCUGGUGGCGGCAAGCCUCAGAUCCCCCCUCGCGUCCCCAUCCCCCCUCGCCGCCCUCCCGCCAAGCGGGGGGGUUCGGACUACACCACCACCCGCUGGUCGGGGGAAGUGUCGGGGGCCGAGGACGACAACAAGGAGUGCUGCCCGCCCCAGAUCCCCCCUCGGGACCCUCUGUCGCAGCCGGGCUCGCGCACCCCGAGCCCCAUGGCCGUGCUCACGCACGUGGGCUCCCCCCAGCAGCGGGGCCUGGUCAGCGGUACCGGUACCGGCUCCGGCUCCACCUACCUCCUCUCCACCUCGCCGGGCAAGCUCAUGCCCACCACGCAGAGCUUCGCCUCGGACCCCAAAUACGCCGCGCCCAAGGUCAUCCAAGCAGCGCAGGGCAAGGAGAAGGAGGCCGGCGUCAAGGGGCCCUGCAUCCUGCCCAUCGUGCGCGACGGCAAGAAGGUGAGCAACACGCACUACUACCUCCUACCCGAGCGGCCGUCCUACCUGGACCGCUAUGACAAGUUCCUGAAGGAGGCCGACUCGGGGGGCCUGGAGGAGCGCUCAACACGUCAGGUCAACACGGCCACCGUCAGGCCCAUGGUCCACCAACAACAGCCUCAGCAGCAACAACAGCCUCAGCUGCAGGGCGAGUUCAAGGUCAACUUCUCCUCCAACAACAACAGCACCCUCACAGGCUGCGGGGCCGGCAGAGGGGCCGUGAAGAGCUCUCUUGUCCCCGCCAGGCCGUGCACAGAGGGGCUGGCGGGGGGGAACACCUCGGAGCGCGUCCGGCAGGUGCAGGAAGUGGUGCACGGCGUUACCAUGGAGGAGUGCCAGGCCGCCUUACAGAAUCACGGCUGGAAUGUCCAGAAGGCUGUGAAUUUCCUAAAGGUAGAGCAGCUCUUCUGUCUGGGUCUCAAGUCUCGGGUGGAGUGUCUUAACCUCCUGGAGAUGUUCGACUGGAACUUGGAGCUGGCCAGCACUCAGCUGCUGGACUCCUAUGGCGCUGUGAAGCAAAGACUUGGACUUUGUCUUCCUCAUGUACUUGAUUGGCCACAGCCUACUGAUGGUGACCGUCCCCGUGGAGCGGUGCGGCGCGGAGCCGGGCGGCGACACGAGAAGUUUGGACUGUGGCACCCUCUGCCCUUCUCAGAGCAUCUGAGGCCACCAAUCCAGCACACUGCCUCUUCCCUCCUUAACAAGACUGUUUUCACACUGCACAAGUGUGCUUGACUGUGUGUGUAUGUGUGAGAGAGAGAGAGAGACUGUGUGUGUGACAGUGAGCGAGAGAGUAAGAGGGGGAGUUGCUGUGACUGUCGGGUGUC